GUGAGGGAGACAGUAAAACGGAGAGACUGAAUCUUUCAUAGUAGGCGUCUCAGAUCGCCACCGCUGUGAUCUGUGUCUCUCAGUAUGUUUCCCACUGCUGCAGUGUAAGUGUUAGCUCGCGCACAAUGACUUCUCAACCUCCUCCUGUCACCACAUUCUCUCCUAUUUUCCUUCCAUUCAAAACAAAAUUGUUCAUUCAAGGCUGAUGGCUCACAGGCGUCAGAUUUUUCCAUAAACUUGCAUCGGACAUAAGGACCACCACUGAAGUCUCUCUGUAAGAUGGAAAACUCAUCUGAAACUAACUUGUUUAUGUCCAAAAUAUCGAAAGAGAAUGACUUGCUCCUGGGAAUCAUCUACACCAUCUUUGGUGUGCUGUCUCUGAUGGGAAACACCACUCUAUUGUUUGUUGCCUAUCGCAAGAAGUCAUCUCUGAAGCCAGCCGAGUUUUUUAUCAUCAACCUCUCCAUCAGUGACCUGGGCAUGACCAUUUUCCUCUUUCCCUUCGCAAUUCCCUCGUCUUUGGCUCACAGGUGGUUGUUCACAGAGGUGAUGUGUAUGUGCUAUGCCUUCUGUGGAGUUUUAUUUGGUCUCUGCAGCCUCAGUAACCUGACCGUACUGUCCUGUGUGUGCUGGCUCAAAGUCUGCUGCCCCAACUAUGGUAAUAGAUUCUCCUCGUCCCAUGCCCGUUUGCUGGUGGUUGGAGUGUGGUGUUAUGCGGCAGUGUUUGCAGUAGGUCCGCUCUCAGGCUGGGGUCAGUACGGGUCAGAGCCUUACGGCACCGCCUGCUGUAUCGACUGGCACGCGCCCAGCUACAGCACACCCGCCAUGAUCUACAUCAUCUGCCUCUUCUUCUUCUGUUACAUCGUACCCUGCACCAUCAUCAUCCUCUCCUACACUCUCAUCCUUGUGACGGUCCGGGGGGCCCAACAUGCAGUGCAGCAGCACGUCUCUCCGCAAAACAAAAUCUCCAACGUGCAAACACUUAUUGUCAAGCUAUCGGUGGCAGUAUGUAUUGGAUUUCUGAUGGCGUGGAGCCCGUAUGCUGUGGUAUCCAUGUGGGCGGCCUUUAGUGAUCCAGACUUGGUACCUCCAUUAGCAUUUGCCCUGGCUGCUAUGUUUGCCAAGUCAUCCACCCUCUACAACCCAAUGGUCUACCUCGUCUUUAAGCCUAGCUUCCGAAAAUCCUUGUGCCGGGAUGCCACAAAAUGCAAGAGAACACUCUGUCCCUGCAUGUGCCAGAAAGACAGCCAACAAAAAAGAACAGCAAACCUUUCAAAACUGAACACAAAGGAUAAGUGUAACCACACAUGGGUCCCUAAUGGACUGAAUGAGAGCCCCCAGACAUGCAGACAUUGUCCAGAAGGACAAACAGGGCAUUACCUGGAUAUCACACCCCAACGGACAGCACGCAUCCUCAUUGGCUCCGCCCACAGUGAGGUGGCAGUCAGCCAGCUCUCCAACGAGAUAAAUAGCGACUUCCUUUAGAGGAAGAGAAACUGAUCAUAGCAAACAUGAAGGAAGGAAGUCAUAAAACAUUAUUUUACCUCAGUACAAUGCUAGGGGAAAUAAGUAUGCUAUAAAGUCUCAUACUUGGUAGCAAAUCUGAAUGGCAAACUUGGACAUGGCAUACAUGCCACCCUCAGAUAUGCCCAAAAAUAAAGAUUCUGUCAUUUUGUACUCUUUCUAAUUUCUUCCAACCCCGUAUACAUGAAUUAUUUUUCCAUAGAACAUAAUAAAAAUGAUAUCAAUGAUGCACAAAAAUCAAUUAUUCAUGAAGUUAUUGAGGUCCAACAUGACAGUAUGCCUCGAAAGGAGCCAUAUUUGACUUGAGCUACAGUGUAUCAGUGAAUAAUGAUUUCAAUUUUGGUGUGUUUCUUACACAAAGCUGUCAUGUGGCUGUGGAAGACUUGAAGUACACAAGAUAUAUGUUGUACUAUAGAGCUUUUUGAUAUUUUUGGUGAUUUUUUUGGUCACCAUGAACUAUGAAAAAGAGCAGCAUGAAGAUUCUUAAAAUUCUUCUUUAAAUAACAUUUUAAAAAUAAAAGCAUACAGGUUUGGAAGGUAACAUAAAGAUGACUGUAAAUAAUGACAAUGUUAAAUUUUUGUAUUAUUAUUUUGUAAAGCAACUGGGUAACCUUUCAUUCAGGCUUUUUGUAGCCAGUUACUGGUUUUAAAAGCA